GAGACCGUCUCACAAUCCUUCCGGAUUCCCUAUAAGGCGACGGAACAGAAUUGGUCGAUAAGCGUGGUACUGGAAUGUUGUCCAUGAUUGCGGACCACAAUUGCCUCUGGUCCAGUCCCUACCUCUAGUCCCUCCAGAGUUAGUCCUCCGAAAACCCUGAGUCCCUGACCCGUCCACGGGCCCUCCAGAACCCACCCAUCACGCAAAGGGUUAGAUCGUCUUUGCCUCACAAUGCAAGGCCGAUCAGCACUAUUAUUGGCCUAUUCCGUAUCAGGGGUCGCUGUCCCGACCAGAAUUCUUUCCGGCUGGCUGCCUGAGCCAGUCGGGUCAGUCUUUCAGGCUUCUAUCUUUAUCGUGGGUGUCCGUGGUAGACUGCGAUGCGACCGUGGUUCACAUCAAUUGUUCCACCGGACAGCGAUGACUGCCCCUGGCGGGGUUGCUUAGGUCUCCAAAGCGAGGAAGGUGUGACUGCGCCACAGUGGCUGAUCCUAUGAAUCACAGCUGCGCCACUGC